CGUCCUCCACCCUUCAUGUGUGUUUCCCUCCCUCCCAUCCUCCAGCACCAGGUUAGCCAGCUCUCUGGGUAACCUGUACGAACCAAAUGGUGAAGCCAACAGCUCUGGGAAACCGCCUUCCCCUUCUUCAUUCACUUCCCCCACCCCGUCCGCAUGGGUUACAGCAGCCCGAUCGCCACCCACAGUUACCACUAUGAGGUCAACAACAAUCAGUAUAACAGCACCCAGCACCCCGAACAGCAAUGGGGUAAGCCGAGCAGCGGGGUAAAAAGCCUGACCUACAACCUCAACAACACCACCCCAAGUGGACCUUCCGCCAAUGGAAGGCUAGGGGCCAGUGAACAGGGGCACCACAGAAGCCCCCCGACGGGGCUGAGCGGGCUCUCAGCACGAUACCUCAGCCGGUCCAUUCCUUCCCUUCAGUCUGAGUAUGUUCAGUACUAAAGCCGCCACCUUCCGCUAACCCCCGUCCCGUGCUGCUGGCCUGGUCCCGACCCGUGACACCUUCACUGUGACCACUGAUUUGCUGACUUCUUGUCGUAAAAGGGGAAUGAAGGAAAUGUUUUGAGACUGAACUGUGAGCCUCAUGGUCUGAUACGUCCUGCUACGACAUGGCUGAUCUGGAAUCUGCUGCAUGCUGUUAAACGACACGAACUUGCCUUGGUUGUCCUUUCAAAACACCUUUUGUUUUUUCUUUUUUUUUAAAGAGAUACUGUGCAUGUAUGAAUAUACAUAGUUAAAUAUUUUUAGAUAAUGAAUUUUGUACUAUUUUUGUCCUAUUUUAUCUACAGUUCUUAAGCUCGACGACAAGGUUUGUUAAUAUUUGUGUAUGUUUGGAUUAGGAAAUUUGUUCUGACGUAAAUAUCUGACGUUUUUUCUCCUGAGUGUAUUUACUGAGUAACAUAUCAAGAACGAGGGCUAUAUUUGAAAGGUGCAAAAUGGUUCGACAGCUACGUGUCAUCUUCAAAGGGAUUUUUUUUGGAC